UUUAUCAGGUGUCAAAAUUGCGAAACUCUCACUUUCAAUUCCAUUCCUCAAGAAGAUGGACAACCCCAUUCUUUCACUUCCACCGGCGGAGCCGCCGCCGGAAAACCCACCUGAAAAAGCACCUCCCAAACCCCACACCUACAAUGACUCUGCAAUGUUGAACUUCAGAGCUCUGAUGAUGAAAAUGGCCGUUGAAUCUUCUCCCAGCAAGUCUCUUACCCCUGCCCAGACUUUGAUCUUGGAAGACAAGCUUCGCCAGUGCUUCCCUUAUCUCAGAGCUCCUGAUCAUCCUCCUUACGCCUGGAUGAUUACUACCGCGAUUAAACAGUUGAAAGAGGAAGGGGGUAGUAGUGAGGAGGCGAUAUCGGAGUGCAUCAUGAACGAUAAUAACGACUUGCCAUGGGCUCACUCGACUCUACUCAAGCACCAUUUGGUAAAACUCUGUGAGAAGCGCGAAAUUGUUCAGACUCGAGAUGGAUUAUACGUGCUAAAUGAUCGAUUUCCCAGUGUUCCCCGAGCCCCUAGCCCUUCGAAGCCUAGCAAGUUCUUUGAUUCUACUGCUAGCCCGAGCUGUAGUCUUAGCAUUAGCCUCGCCUCUGAUUCCAGCUCGGAUUCUCUCUACGGGGGUUCCUCGAGGAGAAGGAGGAAAUCGAAGAAAGUUCGAAACAAGAGAAAGAAAGGGAAAAGUAUCCAUUUGAAACGAAAGAGGAAGGUUAAGCGUAGGCCGUUUAAGAAAGGUAAGUGGAAAGAAGAAAUUUCCUCGGAUGAAGAGAUGGAGGUUGAGCUGCAUGAUAUCGUGUUGGAAGAAGAGGGGAUGGAUGCCAUUAAACCCGAGAAUCGAUUGAACUGGCAGAAGGUGAUAGUCGAGGAAGAAUUGCAUCGAUCAGAAGACAUAAACGAAGAUGGCGGGCCAGCUAAGAAAGGCGAGUGGGAAGAAGAAAUUUCCUCGGAUGAAGAGAUGGAGAUUGCACUCCAAGAGGCGAUAGAUGCCAUUAAAGCUGAGGAUCGAUUGAACGAGCAGAAGGUGACAGUCGAGGAAGAAUUGAAUCUACCAAUCCCAACGAACGAAGGAGAUGCACAAAAUCUGGUUGUCGAAGCAAGAACUGAUGACAUCGAAGCACAAAACGAAGAAAAAGAACAGGAAACGAUGAAUGGUCGAAACCCAUUAGGACUGGAGCAUAAUGGCAAUCAACUGGAGAUGAAUGCAGAAAUGGAACUGCAAGAGGGAACUGUGGUUAUCGAGGAAGAAGAGCAAAUAACUGGCAAUCCAGCACAGAAAGAGCAGGAAGUGAUGGAAGAAUCGCAUCAAUCACUGGAAACGUUAAAAGAGGACAAGCAAGAGGAUAUGGAAGAGAAGAAAAUGGAUUGGGCGUGUGAGAAAGAUGUUCAGGAUCUAUUAUUACCAGAAAUAUCUGACGUCGAUGAAGAGAAUCCGUUACAACUAACAGAAACUAAUGAUGAACUAGAAAACACGAAUUUAGUGAAUGAUACUAAGUUUCAGGAAAUGGUAGAUGAAGGUCUAGAAGAGCAUGGAUGUCAGGAAUGGAAAGGAAAAGAAAUUAUUCAUUCCCCAAAAAAUUCAUCAUUUCUUGAUCAGAAUACAGAAGAAAUUAAUGUUCUUGAAACCACAAAUGAACAUGAAGAGACCAUUGACAUAAAACUGAAUGAUCAACAAGAACAAGAAACAGUUGCCUGUGAAGAUCAGAGCAAUGAGAAAGCAAAAAUGGGUAUGGUAGAUGAUCCUUAUAUAGAGUGCUCUAGCGAUGAAGUUGAAGAAAUAAGUUCUCCAUUCCAACAGAACAAUGAAGUAUCUUCUGAGGAGGAGGAACAACAAGAACUACAGGAUUCAGAGGAUACAACAAAGCAGGAGCAAGUAAGCCAAAAGCAGUUACGGUCUCGGGUUAUCAAGGCUGAACCAGGUACUCAAGAGCAUCGAAUUCCCCAAGUCGUGUUGUCACUGCAAGCAAUAACUCCACCAAGAAGAGUCACUAGAAGAACGGCAACUACUACUGCCGGUUGCAUUUCUCCAUUACUCGACGAGCAAGCUCCACAGCAGAGAAAGAAGCGCGUAAAAAGUCAAGUAGGUGAAAUAUCCCGCAUGCCUAGACGAUCAACUCGUCUUUCGUCGGGACAAUCAAGAAAGCGGGUAUCACGCAGUCGAACCUGAGGAAGACAACAUAGAUUAUUCUUAGGAAGCAUGUUAAUGAUGUCUUAAACUUUCUCUCUUCAAGGAUAGUAUGUACCUUUAUUUGUACCAAGAAUUCUGCUGCUUUUAUAACCUAGAAAUGGAGUUCUAUGAUGUGCAAGAUUUUCCUAAGCUAUUGUGUAAAUGAAAUGUUGCUUGGGAGGAGAAAUCAGCAAUGUUCAAAUCUAGUA